GCCCGAGCACCGAUGAGGGGUCUGAGUGAUUUGGGAAGACGAUCGCCGCAUUGUUGGAGUCGAACGUGGCCGAUGGUGAUCAAGAGGACGGCCGGCCGGGCUUCGUUUGGCUCUCCAUUGCCGUCGAUCGUUGUUCAGCGCUGCCUUCCCUAUCACCAGCGCGACCACCACAUCCAUUCUCUGCUCCUUGCCUCUGCCAUUGUGGAGGCUAUGCAGUGGUCCACUGCCCCACUCUUGAGAGAUGCAGUCCCAGAGCUUCGGAGUCGCCAAGUCAUUACUUGUUGCAUAGCCUCGGUCGGAUGGUCGGCAAGAGCGCAGUUUGUUUAGAGCGAAAAGGAGCGGCAUACCCUGGGGAGGAGUCACCACUGGCUACGGGUCUUUCGGCCACGUCGAAUGAGCCCCGUGUGCUAAAGUGCUUGUUCUGCUCAUCAUCUCGUCGCCCGUACUCUCAUCCCUUCAAUGGUCGCUGCAGCUUGGCAACCGCCGGGAUAUCGCUACUCCUCUUUGUGCCAUUUGAUCGCCCCCGAUCGACUUGCCUCCUGCUUUCGAAUCCAAACGCUAUCGUCCAAGCCGAUGGUAAGGUCGAGUCGUGUAGCUGGGUGAUUUGGAGAUCGAGGCAAAACGCCGUGCCGCCGAUCGACCAGGUAGAGAGAAAGCAAGACAAGAGACCUACGAUUUUGUUUUGGAUGGCUGUUGUGCUCGAUCGCUUAUGCACCAAGGCGGCCACGGACCGCGAUACCGGUGUAAAACUAACCCGCCUUCCCCGGUGUCUCCGCAUGGGCAACGAACGGCGCUCACCGCCGAGCAGUCCCAGUAUAUCCUGUCGAUUUUGGAGCAGCCGAGGCGGGUCAGGACGUCCGGGUACACGCCCACGAUCAUCGGCAGAUCCAUGGACCCGGUCCCAAUCCUGCAGCUAUCUUUCCGAGAUGCAUCCGGGGCAAUCAUUACCGAGUGAGUUGCUGUUCCUUGUCUUCGCUUGCGAGUGGAUACCCCAAGACGCCAGUUCGGGUGGGGCGUUGCUCCUGGACGGCCGAUACCGUUUGCACCGACCACAGCAGGGCUCGCACUCGGUUUCCCGACGAAGCGCAUGCUUGCUUGGCUGUCUGUGUGUCUCUUUGCCUGUCUGUCGGUUGCCAGCCCAAAGACGAAGGGCAAGUUUCGCUCUUGGCCUCCGAGAAAGUUGCUGUUUGCCAGGGUUUCCCUUCCUUGCGCCACUGCUUUCAUUAGUUCGCAUGCUUGGGCAAUUCAUGUACAAGCGAACGGGCCAGGACGGAGUCGCAGCACAUCUUGAUGGAGGCAACCAGGCCACCCCAAUCCAAGGCGAACGGGCCAACAAAGCGUCGUUGGCUGGAGGGGCUGCGAUACGAGCGACUUGGGACUGGAUCCAUGGUCACGAACCGAGCCAUUGCCUCGCAUCGAAUGAACCCAAUCGAUUCGACUCGACUCGAUCAGCUGGAGGCGGGCUGAUUGACAUCAGAGAACACAAACGUGCUCACCGGCCAUCCGCCAACGUUGUAUCGGAUAGACGACAGCAGGGGCAAUCAGUCUGCGAUGAAAUCGAUCGGAGCUCCCUGGAGACAGGAAGGUCGGGGGAUGUGACAUGCUGUCGGUUGAUCGAGCCAGUCGAUCGGGUCGUUCGAGCGGACGAACCUUGGCCUGGCGAACGGCAAUUGGGCACCAAUGCAUGCGACGAGCCGCCAUUACAGGGACGGCAUGCAAGUCGUUAGACAACCGUAUGAAGCGCAUAUCUGCACGAUUCGGCCGGAGUUGGGCACGAGGCAGCACUCGAAGUCGUUCGCAUCAAUGUCUGUCGCUGGAUCUGGACCACCAGCCCUGCUGUUUGUGGGGGGAGGCUUCAGGCUUGGCCUUGGCUUUGAUCGAUUGACCAGCUUCGAAACUCCUGCAAUCUGCAUCUGCGCACUAUGCGCUUUCGGAGACACGAAG